UGCGGGAUGGAUUGCGCACUGCGCCCAAUCGGGAGCGGUGGGCCGAGCGAGUUCGUUAGGUUGUUGUGUGUUGCUACCAUGGAAGUGUAGAGUGUCAGCUCAGCGGACCAGAGCCGGAGUGCAGGUGACCAUGCAGAGCUCCCUCGGGGCGCCCGUCCAGCAGGGCGGUGGAGAUAACAGCGGCUUGGCCCUCACCGGCUCGCAGGUCUCCGUCACCAAACGCCCGAGCAGCGCCGGCAGCGCCAAGCUCAUCUCGCGCUCCAUCUCCGUCGUCACAGACACCAGGAGCAAAGGCAACUCAUUGAAGGACUCGCCGGGGGCGAUCAAUAACCUUCGCCGAUCCAACAGCACCACUCAGGUGACACCCGGGAACAGCUCUCUGUUCAGUGGGGACCAGCCGGAGGAUUUUCUGGCCUUUUUCGAGAGCAGCUCCAUUGGCAGAAAGAAGCUCCAUGGACUGGCCAAAACCCCUCCGGGGAGGAAGACCACCUGGAACGUUCUUGAUGAACAGCCUCGGUCGUUGUCCGUAUCUUCGAGUGCCCGCAGCGCCAGGUCAGUGCCGGGCAUGAAGCGGAAAGAUUUGCCUGCUUUGGCUCCCAACUUUCCCGCCAACAACAGGAGCAACAAGGGAGCUGUGGGCAACACCGUCACCACCAUGGUACAUAAUAACUACUCCUCCGACGACCGAGGCCUCAGCGCAAAAAGCUCCAAUCAGAAGACCCCAUCACUCAACAACCAAAGAUCUGCCGCCGGUGAAGAUCCCGGGAGCAGCUUCCAGAAAUCGCAGAAAAACCUCUCCGGCACCAACAACCUGGGCCGCAACAACACCGGAGGGAGCUCGCCGCAGAAGAGGCGCGAGGUCACCACCGAGGAGGCAGAACGGUUUAUUCUGCAGGUGAACAAUGCCGCGGUCACCAUUCAGCGAUGGUACAGGCGUCAGCGCCAGAAGAACCGGGCGGGAGAGAUGGCGAUAAAACAUAUGCUGGCUUCCAAAAAGGAGGAGCGGCAGCAACAGCCUGACGAGAACUCUUUCUUGAAAUCCCAGCAGACAAAGGAGGAGGAGAGACGCCGGGUCAGAGAGGAGAAGGCACGACAGGCUCGGCGUGCAGCGAUCCAGGAGCUGCAGAUGAAGCGAGCGCAGAAAGCCAUAGACACUCAGAGAGUGGCGGAGGAGGAGCUGGCGCUGCUGGUACAAAGCGGAAAGGUGGGCAAGAAGAAGACCAGCUGCAAUACAGCGAUGCCUCCAACGGGAAGGAGCAACAAGUCCAAAAACAAUGCAGCAGGUUCCAGAAUGCAGGAUACAUUAGAGUGUGACAGUUCCGGAGUUCCCCUCUUCAAACCAGCACCGGAGACCAGGAACCAUGAGCAGGCCGUUCCGGUUCUCACAUCCACAGACCAAACCCCAGGAGACCUGGAGGUCGCAGCCUCCGCCCAAUCUAAGACCACGCUCACCGACUUGCUGGACACUUUAAAACAGCUGGAGGAACCUGAACCUUUGCUCGACAGUAAACCCGACGGCAAAGACAAGUUCAGCUGGAUCGAUGGGGAUGCCGAAACCUCCUUGACCAUCGAUAACUUGGAACGGCUCGGCCAAAUGAUGCGCAGAAGUCAGGCGGAGCAGAAGCAAAUCCAGAACGGGACUCUCCUGUCCGAGGCCAAGUUGCAGAAUAUCAUCAGUUUUCUGGAUGACAUGGAAAAAGCUGAGCAGGAGAGACCCCGAUCCUCUGCUUCAAACACACACAGAGGGACCAUGCUGUCCGAGGAGGAAUUGACUCAUCUAGAGCAGGCCUCGGCUGUAGCUACAGAGGUGACGAGCUCCAUGCUGAAGAUGCGCCUGGAGCUGGAGGAGAAGAGGAAAGCCCUGGGUCUUCUGCAGACAGCCCUGGUCCAGCAGCGCGAGCUGACGGUACGUCAUGUAAAGCAGACCGAGAAGGAGUUGGGGUACCAGCUGAAACAGCAAAGUGAGCAAUACGAAUCCACCAUCCAGAGACACCUGACAUUCAUAGACCAGCUCAUUGAUGACAAGAAAACCCUGAGCGAGCGCUGCGAGUCUCUUGUCACCGAUCUGAAACAGGUGGAUCAGAAAUACGCCAGUAAGAUCCGCCAGAUGCAGGAGCAGCACGACACGGUUUGGCAGACUCUGGGCCCCCUGUGUGAGGAGAUGAAGAAGCUGCAGGAACUGAUGACGGCCACAGAGAAAGUGCGCAGGGAGAAAUGGAUCGACGAGAAAACAAGGAAGAUUAAAGAAAUCACCGUCAAGGGGCUAGAACCCGAGAUCCAGAGACUCAUCUCCAAACACAAGCAGGAAAUCCGCAAGCUGAAGGCGCUGCACGAAGCCGAGCUCCUGCAGUCCGACGAGAGGGCCGCUACGCGCUACGUGCGCCAGGCCGAGGAGCUGCGGCAGAACCUGGAGCAUGAGAAGGAGGAAGUGAGCCAGAGGGCACGAGAGCAGGCAAAGCAAAGGUAUGAGAAGCAGCUGGCCCAGGAAGAGCAGUCCCUGCAGGAGCAGCGCCGGCGCCUGUACAGCGAAGUGGCCGAGGAGAAGGAGCGGUUAAACCAGCAGGCUGCCAGGCAGAGAGCGGAGCUGGAUGAACUAAGGAAGCAGCUGGAGGAUAACUGUACCCUGUCCACCCGCAUGCUGAAAGAAGAGUACGAGAAGGGCAAAGAGGAACAAGAGAGGAGGCACCAGGCUGAAAUCAAAGCUUUGAAAGAGCGUUUAGAGAUUGAGAAGCAAGCGUGGGAGCAGAACUACAUGAAGAAAGAGGAAGCCUGGCUUCUGACCCGGGAAAGAGAGCUGAAAGCAGAGGUACGGAAGGGAAGAGACAAGGAGAUAGAACUGGUGAUUCAGCGUCUGGAGUCAGAGAUGUCAACGGCAAGAGAGGAAUGUGAAAGAGCUGCUGAGAACAGAAUUAAAAGAGUUCGCGAGAAAUACGAAUCUGAACUGCAGGAGCUGGAGCAGUCAGAGCGGAAGCUGCAAGACCGAUGCAACCAGCUGAAGGAGAGAGCGACAGAGCUGGAGGGAGAGCAGAUCCGACUGCAGGGCCUUUUGAAGCAGAGGGAGCAGGAGGUGGAGGACAUCAGGAAGAUCACAGACCGGUUGAACGAGGAGAGGAAGAGCCUAUCGGAUGUGAUCCGUCAGGAGUUCGCCGACCGCCUGGUAGUGACAGAAGAAGAAAACAAGCGGUUAAAGAUUGAGGCCUCCGAAGCGCAGGCCCGCCAUCGCCUUGAGCUGGAAAGAAUCACUCGUGAGAAGGAGGAGGAGCUUGAGGAGGUGCACAAAAGGGUCAAAUCUGCAAUCGUGAAGAAAGAAGAGACUGUGAAUAACCUCCGGAAGCAGUGCGAGGCGGCUGUGAAGCGAGCCGAUCACCUCGAGGCCUUGCUGGAGCAACAACGCAAGCAGCUGUUAUCCAAAUAGCAGCCGACCUCAGAAGUCGUCCCC